GGCGGGACAUAAAUAUAAGCGCUCGUGGAAAUUCCUCUCAGUGACGACGACGAUAGGCAGCGAACACGCAGCAUCUUCUUCUGGAGGACUUCUUCGGUUUUACUCGAUUUCAGAGAGCUUCAGAAAAGCCUUCAAUGUUUCCCGAAUCUUCCACAGAAUUUGGUUAUGAGGCCUGCAAGGCCACAGCUGACUGGCUGCUGAAUCAUGCUCCUGUGCGCCCCUUGCUGGGCAUCGUGUGCGGCUCAGGCCUUGGCAGCCUUGCUGACAUGCUGAAGGAUCAGAAGGUUUUUAGUUACGACGAUAUCCCCAACUUUCCAAAAAGCACAGUGCAUGGUCAUGCUGGUCGGUUGGUGUUUGGUAGUCUUAAAGGAAAGCCAUGUGUUUGCAUGCAGGGACGGUUUCACCUCUAUGAAGGUUAUCCUAUCCAAAAGACCACCAUGCCCAUUCGUAUCUUUAAGCUGAUGGGUGUCGAGACGGUCAUCUUGACGAAUGCCGCAGGAGGACUGAACCAAGACUACAAAGUUGGAGACGUCAUGAUCAUCAAAGACCACAUCAACAUGCCAGGUUUUGCUGGAAACAAUCCCUUGUGUGGACAAAAUGAUGAGAGGUUUGGGACUCGUUUCCCAUGCAUGUCGGAUGCCUAUGACAAGCAGAUGAGGCACCUGGCUCAAGAAGUGGGUGCAGAGCUUGGCUACUCUCACUUCCUUAAGGAGGGUGUGUACUGUGUUCUUGGAGGGCCAUCCUUCGAGACCAUCGCUGAAUGCAGAAUGCUUAACCGUUUGGGUGCUGAUGCUGUGGGAAUGAGCACAGUCCAUGAGGUGAUAGUGGCCCGCCACGCUGGAAUGCGAGUCUUUGCCCUCUCCCUUAUAACCAACAAGGCCGUGAUGGACUACGACAGUGAAGAGAAGGCCAAUCACGAGGAGGUUCUGCAGACGGGAGAGCAGCGCUCCCAGCAGCUGGUAAAGCUGGUCUCCACCAUCGUGUCUCGCAUCACCCAGCCUAACAACUUAUAAGGCUGAGAUGUACAGAUUCAUACUCCCCUCAACCAUUCUGCUAUGAUGAUCUCGUUAUUACACUCCUACUUACCUGCUUGAAAAUAAUAAAACGGUUUAAUAAGUAUCAUGACCUUUCUUAUACUGUACUUUUAAAUGUUUACAUUCCUUAAGGAAAGAGUUUUGGGAGAGUUUAUUCAGUGUCUUAAAGUUAACAGUGAUUCACUAUUGCACAUUGUAUCUGAACAGGGUGUGUGUGUGAGUGUGUGUGUGUGUGUUGCCAAGUAAUGAAAGAAAUACUGUUUAAUUUGUUACUAACUUAACAUGUCCCUUCAACCAGACUAUUUAUUAGAUGUAUUAAAAGAUCUCUCUGUUCCAAAUGUAACUUAGGUUUUGUAGUGAUGAAGGAUGAAAUUGCUAUUUAUUUAAUUUAAUUUUUUUAUGCUAUUGGCUACCUACCAAUGCUAGCUUUUAAAAACAUAUGUAAGUAAACACUUGAAGGCAAAAGAUUGUGUGUGGGGGGGAAAAAACAUUCUGCACUUACACUGGCUCUUACUCCUCUACUCUGUACACUCUGCUUAUAGAACUCAAUUAAAAAAUCUUGUGUGGUAGUACUA